CUAGCUUCUUCUAUAUUACAUAUAAGAUUCUAUAUUUUAUACUUUUGAUAUAUCAGUCUGAAAAUAAAGAUGAAUAUUGAAGUUGAAGCAAUCUCAGUUGAGAUUAUCAAGCCAUCUUCUCCAACUCCUAAGAAUAUUGGCCAUUACAAACUUUCAUUAAUAGACCAAUCAGCUCCCUUAUUCUAUGACCCUUUGGUGUUUUAUUACACAAAGAAAAGUACUACUACCAAUAUUAAUCCAACCAACAUUCUUAAAAGGUCCUUAUCAGCCAUCUUAACCCAUUACUACCCUUUAGCUGGACGACUCGAUAAGCAUGGAGAAGAAUUCAUCCAUUGCAACGACGAGGGCGUUCCCUUCGUGAAAGCUCAAGUGAAUGCUCGACUUUCCCAAGUUCUGUCCAAUCCAGUAGCUCAAGAACUCGGUAUCUUUUGCCCUCUUUUGACUCGUCAUCAUGAAAGUGACGAUGCUCAUCAAAUUCUAUUAGGGGUUCAACUUAACAUGUUCGAGUGUGGAGGAAUCGCGGUUGGUAUCAGCAUUUCUGAUAAGAUUGCGGACGCUUUGUCAUGGAUGAGGUUUAUCAAAACUUGGGCGAUGAUGGCUCGAGAUGGAACAACGGCCACCAUGUUACCAAAAUCGCUUCAUCCUGAGUUUGUGUCUGCGGAUUUGUUUCCUCCUAGACCCCAAUCUGUAAUAGAAAUAAAAAAUGAAGACCUAAAGGAGGGUAUCAUGACAAAGAUUUUUGUUUUCAAUAGUUUUGCAAUUGAGGCCUUAAGAGCCAUGUAUUGGGACAAAGAAAAUAAGAUUCGACCUUCUCGCGUUGAGACUUUAUCUACUUUUAUGUUAAGUAGGUUUGAGGCUGCAUUAUCAGAAGCGAAAGCAAAAGCAAAAGCAAAACCCGAGAAAGAAAGGGUUUAUACUAUUUUGCACACUGUAAAUCUUCAUCCAAGGAUGAAUCCACCCUUGGCCGAAAACUCAUUUGGAAAUUUCUUAGUGUACGCAGGCACACAAAUUCCAGCCUCGAGUAUUAAGGGGGAAGCUUCCAUUACUAGUGGGCUUGCGAUGAAAAUAAGAGAAGCAGUUAAGAGAUUGAACAAAGAGUAUGUUAGUAAACUCCAAAUGGGAGAAGAGGGUGAAUUGAGUAUGAUCCAACAAAACUCAGAAAGUAUAGAGAAGAGAGGAGGUGAAGUCAUUGAAUUUUUGGUUACAAGUUUGAGCCGAUUCCAUUUUUAUGAAAUUGAUUUUGGUUGGGGUAAGCCUGAUUGGUUUAGCACAGGUGCUUGGAGUUUUGAUAAAAUCAUUGCUUUCAUUGACACAAGUGAUGGUAAAGGAAUUGAAGCUUAUGUGAAUUUGAAGGAGGAAGACAUGGCCAUAUUUGAAGCUGAUGAAAUGCUUCGCAAAUUUACAACUCCUAAUUAUUAUUCUCGCCACAAUAUCAACUCAAAUCUUUAAUAAUAUUAAAUCUCAUAAUAUAAUAUAUAUAAUAAGUCCCAACUGGUUGGUAAUUUUAUUUAUAUUUUCUUGCCUAUUAUAUAUAGGUAGGAAUUAAUAUAUGUAUGAUGAUGAGUUGGUAGACAAUCAAAUAUAUUAUAUGUGCUUUUAUUUUAUUUUUAUGCCUAAGAUUGAUUAAGUUUGUUU